UUGCUUCUGACAAUAUAAAGCUAUUUUCAGAAAAUUUAAGAGAUAUGGAUUUUAUAAAUCUUAUCAUUUACUUUCAAAAUGGCGAGGUUUAACACCGACAUUGGACGAUUUGAUUACCCAAACUCAGGUUUAAAUCGGCCUGAAGAACUAGGGUGCUUCUCAUUAGAUAUUAACAGAGAAUUUCACGAUGAUACAAGCCAGAGGAAAUAUUUUAUUAAACCUUCAAAUUAUGAUAAUGUUAGUUUUGAUCUGACAAGAGGAUACGAGGGAAUGGUGAAAAGAGAUGAAUUUAAGGACGAACAGAUCGACCAUCUUCUGAAAUGGAUAAAUAACCAUGAGCUGGGAAAUAUGCAAACCCACGUCAUAUGCCGCAGGGGUUUGUUAAAUCGUUUAAUGCGUACCAUGUAUGCGAAAAAAGAUGACUGGAAGUUCGCCGUCUCUCUUCACAAAGGUACCUACUACCUUUGUGAAUGCCCCACUGACCAGAGCCUGGCAAAAAUAAAACAUAUGAUGGGAGAAAAAGACGAAGAGAUGUGUGGAUGGGGCUACAAGUUUGAGCAAUAUCUCACCGCAAGUUCCGCAGAUUCCGAUCCAACUCCAGACCUGCAAUAUAACAACUGUGAAACCUUCUAUACUGUUGUGAAAGCCACGAUCGGCUCCCACACACUAGUGUAUUCGGGUGAGGUCGAUGCUGUUAGUACAGAUGAACCUUUUGGAGAACAUUAUGUUGAGUUCAAAACCAUCACACAUUCCGCGUUGCAGAGAAACAGUUUCAAAAGGUACAAACUCCGAAAUUGGUGGACACAGAGUGUUCUUGUUGGUGUUCCCGAGAUUGUUUGUGGGCUCCGUGAUGAUGCUGGUAUUGUUACCAAGCUACAAACAUACACCACUCAAGAUUUACCAACGAUGGCCAGUGACAUUCCUGCUCCAUGGAAGCCAAAUGUUUGCUUCAACUUCCUUGACAAGCUCCUUGACUUCAUCAAAUCUAAUGUGACAAUAGAUGAUCCAAGGCUCGUUCACCUGCUGGAGUUUUCAGGCAGGGAUGCGACUUGUACCCGGCUUCCAAUGGACUCCGAAUACGCUUUCCUGCAUAAAUGGUAUACUCACAAUUAGCCUGGAGUAUGUAGAUGCUUGACUCUAAUCCAGAUCAAACCGGUUCGAUGCAACGUCAUUGCCAUUAUUAGGGCAGCUGAACGAUUCAGACUACUAACACUAUGUUAUAGACAUAUUAAAAAAGUGCUUAGACAAUUUAAGCACUAUUUAACAAAAACGGUUCCACCGUUCCGAUGCAGCACUUGCCUUUGUACACCGUUACAAUGUUGCAGGGACCUUUGUACAGUGUUCGUUUGUUGAACGUCUCUAGUUUGAACAAACCACAUAAAAGCUGCACUCUCACAGGUUGAACGUUUUGACAACUAUUUUUUAUUUUUUGUUUUGGAAUGAGCCAUUUUUUUGCGACAAUCCAUGGAAGGCAGUUAUAUAAGACUGCUGCUGACAAAAACAUAGAACGCAGAUUAACUGAUAGUAUACAAGUUCAAAAAAUGAUGUUUUAUGCCUAAUUCUUAAAACGUGAGUAACGAUUUAAGCCAUAAAACAUUAAAUUUCUAACGGAAAUCUGCGAUCUUUUGUCAGCAAUAUUAUAUCAUUGGUUUACAGAUUUUUACGCAAAAAAAUUGCUAUUUCCAAGACAAACAAUAAAAAGUUGUAAAAAUUGUAAAUCUGUGAGAGUGCAGAUUUAACAUGUUACUUUUAUGUUUGAAAAUAAAACACUGCAAAAAUCAAUAUUUUUUAAUGCAGCUCAAAUACUCAGCGACAUUAAUUUCUUAAUGUUUGGUACUUUGCCUCUCUAUCCUCCUCUAUAAAUCAUGGUCCAAUGUGUCCCAGUCAUUCAUUGCUGCCUGCUUCAUUGCGUCAAUGCUCGUAAUGGUUUUGUCUUGUUAUUGUUAUUUGUUAUUAAUUCCCAAAUUUCUCUAUUGACUAAUUUGCCACAACAUUACUUUCACCCUUUUGUCAGUAAACCAAGGUUGUGUAUACAUGGCAGGUUUAAAUUCCUGCUGCGAAACCCAGUCACCACAGAAAAACACAUUGGUUGUUGGUAUCAGACGUUCAUGUAUACUAUCAGUAAACCGCUUAUCAAGUCAGAACAGUGCUAAAGCUCCCCGUACCUUAUCCCUAACAACACUUGGAUAUCAUUACUGGGUUUAAGACGCUGGUAAAGAGCAAGAGCCUUUUCCUUGGUCCAAAUAGCCUUAAAGGUGGAUAUUUGGAUACAGACAUAAUGGGUUUCCACCAGAGAAUAUGACAUUGUUCCAGUCAUAAUAUCUGCUCUUAAUACGUUAACUAGUCUUAUGUCCUCUGUAUAAGUCCCAGUUUCACGAUAGGCAACGUAUAUUGAGCUCCUUUAUCCGUUUCAACUUAUAUAUCGUAUGUACCUUCUGCUUUGAAAGGUUACUAAACUUUGAACCUUGUCCAUUCAUCAAAUGUCAAGAUCUGUUCAUGUGUUUUUACUGCCCACUAUUUGCUGCAGGAAUACUAAAUGGCAGUGGUAAAGAAAAUGUAUUUGCUUGCAUAAAUUCCAUCAUUCAUUUUUAUAUCACCAAAUAAUCUUUUUUUAGUUGCUCUCAUUUGGAUACCUAGUGUUGAAUAUUGUCUGCUUCAGUGAAAAUCGUAGGAAUGUUACUCUAAUAUUGAAGAAUUAUUACCCAUUGCAUCAAAUGAUUUUCGAUUAUGCUUAAAUACUUUAUAGAAGUGUUGACUAAAGUUGAUUUGUUUGUCAAACUAUGUAUAUGCUUCCCUCUAUUUUUACCAGCGUAUGUUUUGUAUUAAAAUAAAACAGCCUUAAUGAAAACUUUCAUUAGGGACACACAAUUUUAACUUAGUAUCCGAUUACAAAUUUAUGGUGAACGCUCUUACCGUGAUAAAUUAUACAUAUCGCGUCUAAAUUACGAUACUAUUUUUUGUAAUGUAAAACACACCCACUUGUGUUAUGUGUGUUUGAAUUUUUAAUUUUCUAUAUUGUUAUAUCAUGUUGUUUUUUAUAGUUUUGUGUAUAUAAUAACCCAUGCUUUUGUUGUGAUUGGUUAUAUUUUUAUAACAUGUUUGUGUGAUUUUUUAUCUCUUAGUUUGUAUGUAAGUUUUGAAACACAA